CAAAUAUUUUUUAGGUUCACAAGUCUAUUCAGUGAGAUUUUGGAUACUGACAAAAACUUACCAGUACAUAUGAGUUAUAUACACAUUCGUACAAACGAUGCUACAGAAUUUCUUUCGGAGCUGCGCUUCUUGAAUGCAAGUAUUCCUUUUGAAUAUCCUUCCAUGGUUUUAGAUGUUACUGUAAAUAUGGUUACAAUAGAUAAAAAUGUAAAAGUACGUAUAAAUCCUGAUUAAUGAGGUACAGCGCUCCCUUUCAAACCUCGUAUUUCCUUGAAACGCGUCACUAAUUAUUUUAUUAUUAUAAUGGUCAUAAGAAUAUGAAAGCUGAACUACUAUGUCAAAUAAAAAUGAUUUAUCGUAAUUUACCAAUAAAUAUAUUUAGAUUUAUUUUAGUGGCUGUGGAAACACGAGCACGAACUGAUGUUAUAGUAACAUAUGUUCAAAACUUCAUAUGUUAAAAGAUGAGUAGUAGUUUAAUAGACGAAGACAGCUUUUACGAGAGAUUUUUCCAUAGAGGGCAAUACGGCUUAUCGGGAGGUUGGCCUCACUCGACAACUCUUUUAUAUCGAAUGCGAAUAAAAAAAGCAGGCAAAAAUAACAUUAAAAAGAAUAGGCUACUACACAAAUCAGGAUGUUCGUCACUGCCGCAAUGCGAACGAUGGACAAAGGUUGAAAAUGAUGCUGGAGGACGACACGCGGAGAUGCUUUUCGUACAACAAGUUAAUGAACUUCUUGACUGUUUAAAUGAAGAAGAAAGUCAACAGACAUACAGACAAAUAAGUUUUGAUAUUGUGUUGAGUUAUUCGCCAUGCUCAGACUGUGCAAAAGAGCUGACUCAACUGAAGAGGAGAUCAAUUGAACCAACUCCUAGUGGUUACAACGUCAUUUUUUGUACUAUGAACAUAAAAUUUGCCAAAUUCUACGAGCAUUAUGUGUUUGAAAACAUCGAGGCAAUGAUAUGGAUGGUACAGAACCAGAUAGAGUUUUCUGUAUUUAAUGGAUUGUGUGACUGGAAAGAUUUUCUUGAUAACAUAGUAAAGCUCGCCCUCGAUAUCCAAUCUGAAGCAUUUUACGCAACCUGGUUUUACAGACAAGAUAGAGAGCUAGUAGAUUCAAUACUUCUUGAGUGCAUCAAGCUAACCGCAUUUAAAUGGCCUACGCAAGAUAAUGAGGGUCGAGAGGAAAUGAAAAAACGUAUCUGCGAUUUGAAAUCUGCUAAAUCUAGUUUUGCAUAUUUGAUGGACUUAAGGGCAUUUUAGGCAGAUACAUAUAGAUCGUUAAUGAUAAAUCUUUCGAGGUCCAUUUGAGCAGUUAAUAUUCUCGCAAACCAUUUAUGAACGUUCUAUCGCAGUUUAAGUAGGCGUGUGAAUGAAAAGGGAUCUUGCAAAACAAAACCUGUAAAAAUUCGAGUCUUUACUUGUUGGACAUACUGAUAUUUUUUUCAUAGGAUUUCUCUACAGCACCAGUCGAUCAAAGAGUGCUGCAUGCACGUUUAAAUAUCCAAGCACCAGAAUGAAGAAACGCGGUAACUCAGACGAUGAACCACAAGAAGGCCUUAUUUAUAUCAACUUUUACAUGCUCAUAAAAAAAUGAAAAAUGUAUUGAACUUAUUAUAUUACACGUGUUGACGCGAGGCUUCUCAGAACACACAACACUUGUACUUUUUUAAAUUCAGAAGUAAGCUAAGUUAUUUGAAAUAUUUAUCAGUGUGAUAUAUUGUUUAUUCAGUUCAUUUUGUUUAUUGGUGUGAUUUAUAUUGAUUUAUUAUGUCAUUCGAUGUGAUACAUGGUGUUUAUUGAAAUGAUUCUUGGUGUUUAUAGAUAGAAUUCAUAUUGUUUAUUGACAUGAUAAAUUUUGGUCACUGAUGUUGUGAUUCAUUGUAUUUACUGAAGUAUCAAUUACAGUAUUUGUCAACAAAUUUGGCAAAAAUGUUUUAAAUCAUUUUUUGGGCUUUCAUUGGAAAUUCAGGGGUAUUGCACACUAUUAUACGCAUGCAUAAAUAAGCUAAAUUAAAUGGAUUUAUUUUGUUUUGUUUGUUUGUUUUCGGUUUAACGCCGUUUUUCAACAGUAUUUCACUCAUGUAACGGCGAACAGUUACCUAACCUAACCAGUGUUCCUGGAUUCUGUACCAGUAUAAACCUGCUCUACGCAAGUAACUUCCAACUUCCCCACAUGAAUUAUCAGAGGUGAAAGACGAAUAAUUUCAGACAAAAUGUCUUUUAUCAAAUCGUCACGAAGAACAUACGCCCCGCCAAAGGAUCGAACUCGCGACCCCGCGGUUUGGUAGACCAACGCUCUCCCUACUGAGAUAAGUGGGGGGAGGGUUUGAAUUCAUUUUGUAUUUAAUAGACUAGUAAUUGCGUGACUUAGUUUCUGCUUAAACAGCAAACAGUCCUGUAAAACUAAUAUUUAUUAUAACAUAUUGAUUUAUUCUUUAUAAUGCUGGAAUAAUAUGAUUGAUGAAUAUGAUAAACUGCCAUUUGUUAGUUAAUUCAUCUGUAUUUUAAUAGCAAUUCAGUGUGCGUAUUUAAUCUGUAUAUGUGUCUUUAUCGGAAUAAACAUCAAUCAAUUAAUCAUUUUCACUGUAAUAUUUCAAAAGUUUAAUGAAAACAUGUAAUAAAUUGCCUAUCACUUUAUCAUUUGAUAGAAAAGAUAGAAAACCACAUGCAUAUGUCGCCUGACAUUGACGAAAAUGUUACAGGUGCGGUUUGACUGAGCCUAUUAAUGUACGGUA